AUGGCUAUGUCAUCAGCACGAGAAAAAGAGACAGAUGGGAUAUCCACGGGCAAUGAGGCGAGGGAAACACAAGAAUACUACAAAUCAAGUGACUUCAAUCCGUCAUCGUCCGCCACAAUUGAUGUAGCAUUCCACGAAGAUGCACGCUGGAAGGGUGUACAUCCUAGCAAUCUCAACCCCGAAGAUGCUGUUGCACUUGACAAGCAAAUGCCCUCUGGUUUUCAAUAUGCUCGAGAUUUGCAGUCCGAGCUUGUGUUUAUCCCGCCGGUCGAUCACGAACGAAGAUCACCAGGAAGCAUGUUCGUGCUGCAGAAACGAGGUAGCGGUGCAGUACCCAUAAUCACCCCAUCAAGAAAGGCGGCUAAGGCCUGCUCGACCCAAGGAGACAAUUCAAGCAUUGUUGUACGCAAGGUCGAGACGAAGAAAAACAAUCACCCGUUUCCGAGCGACCUCAGAAUACUUACUUCCGGAAAAUCAUCAGAACCAAAUCAAAGACAUGAAUCGCCAUAUGAGGAGCCUUCACCAACCACGAAGCUAAUUACAACGAUAAACAAUACUGGAAGACCCUAUCCUGCUUGUCCUGCCAAAUACACGAACAUCCCACCUUGGUCAUGGUAUGACUACUACCAAUACAAGUCUUACAAUCAUAGUCAUUUGUACACAUACGAAACACCUUACGGCAUCGAUCAGAGUCAUUACCUUGUCAACCACAAUCCGCUUCAAUCAGCACUCGCCAUAUCGAGCAAAUAUCAACUCCUCGAUAUCAGUUCUCCGAACGACCCUUGA